AUGUCUCCUCAACGUAAAUUUGGAAGAAAAAAAAAACCAAUUUGGCAAUGGUUUAGCGAAGAACCUUCGAAAAUGGCUAAACAUUUAUUAGAAAAAUGUGAAGACAUUCAUCAAGAUGAGCGUGACAAUAUUGAAGAUAUCUUAAAAAAUACUGAUACUAAAAAUUUAGAAAAAAAAAAUUUAUUAUCUCAAGACGAUGAUCAUAACACGAAUACAAAUAAUAAUGCAUCUAUUAAUCGUCAAUUACUCAAAGCUAUAAUUUCGGCCAAUGCACCAUUAUCAUUUGUAGAAGAUCCUGAAGUAGCUAAACUAUUUCAUAUGUUAAGACCCGAGUAUAAACUUCCAUCUCGUAAAUGGAUAAGUACAGACGUUUUAGAUAAUAUACAUGAAAAUGUUCAAUGUGGCAUUCAAAAUUUUAUAGCAGAUUCGAUGUUUUUAACACUGUCUGGUGAUGGUUGGACUAACGUAUCAAAAAAUAGUAUGUUAAAUUUUAUCAUUACAAAUGAAAAACACGAAAGUCAAAUUUUAAAAAUCGACAAUUAUUCUGAUCAACGUCAUACGGGUAGCAAUAUAUUUGCUAUAUAUAAAGAAAUUGGAAUGAGUCUUGGUUUAAAUAAGUGGAUAGCAUUUAUUUCAGAUAGUGGGCCCGAUUUCAAAAAGGCACAACGCCUUAUACGUGAAGAUCGUGAUAUAGGUGGCAAAGUUUUAACAAUCCCGUGUAUGGCACAUCAAACCAACUUAUUAGUCAAAAAAAUAGUCGAAUCAAUAUUUUUCACACCAGUUAUUAAAAAAAUGCUAGUAAUUAUUAAUCAUUUUCGGAAUUCCAAUCGCGCAUUAUCUAAAUUAAGAGAAUUGGCUGGUAAUGCAACAUUAAAACCUCAAUAUCCAUGCAUUACCCGUUGGACGACAUUUACAAAAUCAGCAGAAAAUAUAUUAGAAAUUAAAACAAAUUUAAAAGUUAUUGCACUUAUUCAUACAUCCUAUUUAAUAUCGCAUUCACAAGAAAGCAACACCCUAAGCAAUAUUAUUAAUGAUAAUGAAUUCUGGUUAAAACUUGAAUUGUUUUAUGAGUUGUUAAAACCAUACGAUUAUGUCAUAAAAAUUCUUGAAACAGAAAAAGCAACAUUGGGUCAGGUGGCUGCAUCAUGGGCAUGGCUUCGUGGAGUUAUUAACAAAAGUACAUUUACUAAUAAUGAUUUUCAGGAUUCUUUAAUUAUAGAAAUUGAUAAUCGUUGGCAAAAAAUAUUCAAUCCAGUUUAUUUAAUUACCUGGUUUCUUCAUCCAUAUCAUCACGGUGAAGGAUUAAAUCCAACAUGGCUUCUAUACAUUCAAGAAGCUGCAUACGGCUUAUUUUGUACUUUUUAUCCGGAUUAUAAUCAAGACAAAUUUAUUGAUGAAUGGUUAAAUUACUCAAAUCACGAGGGUCCGUUUUCUGCAUCUUCUAUCAAAAAUCCAAGUUUUACAAGAUUUCCAUUAAGAUAUUGGCGCACUAUGUUAAAUGUGGCUCCAAAUUUAAGUGAAUUUGCAUGCCGUCUUUUAUCAAUUCCACCUAAUUCAGCAACUUCCGAACGAGUAUGGUCUUUAUUAGGUAAUAUACAUACAGAACGUCGUAACAGGUUAUCACCAAUACGGGCUGCAAAAAUGGCGCAGGUCUCUUGGUAUAUAAAUCUAACGUCAAAACAAAAUGAAAAAAAAGCACAAAAAUUAAAUGAAAUAGAAAGUAAUAUUUUAGAUAAUGAUGACUAUAUUGAUAGUAGCAAUGACUAUAUUGAUGGUAAUGAUGAUGUAGACGAAUUUAUAGUAAAUUUAAAUCAAAUUUCUGAAAAAUUAAUAGAUGAUAUUCAUGUACUUGACUUAGAUAGCGAAGAAACUAUUCCAGCACUCAUGGAUAUAUUUGAUUCUAAGAUUGUUGAAAGAUCAUUAAAUGUUUAUAUUAGUCAAUC